UUAGAUAGCCACCCUUUCUCUAUAAACUUGCCCUAUUUUUUAAACCCACCAAAAUAUCCCAACACAAAUAUCUUACACAAAAAUAUCCAACCAAUUUCUUCACAAUGAAUCCUCAGCAUUACUUCCCUUGUUUGCAUUGCCACCCACAAGACUACAUCAGAAUGGUUCAGCAUUUGAUUGAGAGAUGCCUGCUCUUUCACAUGAGCAGAGAUGACUGCAUCAAGGCACUUGCAAAGCAUGCCAAUAUCAACCCGAUCGUCACUCUUACUGUUUGGAAAGAGUUACUUAAAGAGAACAAAGGCUUCUUUCAAGCAUAUUUCCAUGGUAUUUCUGCAAGGCACUUCAAAAAAAGGCCAGCUGAGAGGGGUUUUAAUUUCAGAAGAAGAAAAUAUUGCCGGUUAACGAAAAGAGUCUUGGCACCGAUGAACAGAAGGGCUGCUUGGAAAAAUGAUUAAGAUCUGUACUUGAAGACUUAUUAUAGCAAAGCUGCAAAUUAGAAUCUGUGUUCAGAAGUUUGGCCCUGCAAUACGUGCAGCACAAAUAUAGAUUAUGAGGAAGAUGAAACGAUUACCAAUCCUGGUUAUUAUUGAAAGAGAAGCUGCCACAGAAGGAUUAUCUUCACCAAGAUAUUGAGUUCAUGAUCUACCAAAGUUGAUUCUAUGCAGUUCAUUAAUUGUCACAGCUAUUAUAAUUUUGCUUGUCUCUUUGACAAUAUAAAUUGCAGAAAAUGAGAUUCUCCUUGUAUGAUUAC